GUAUGUGGCCGUUGUCGUGGUCGCCUCGAAUUGUUGUAUAAUACAUCACAUGGCCGUCUGCUACGUCCAAGCAUAGCCGGACGACUUGAUAAGAGAUACCUUCCAAGAUCGCAGCAAACUCCUUUACCUUCGUCAUCCCAAGUACAGCCACAAAAGGAGAACUGUUUGCCAGGCACUCAGUUUUUGCGGCUAAACACAAAAAUACAGACCUCUCCGUCUACCUUGGUUCAGACUCCUACAUCAUUCAACAAGGAAAGGAUCUACUUCCCUACCUACGUAAAGGCGCAUUAUCGGUCAGUUAGAAAUAAUCUUCUGACUAGAACUAAUGCCAGCUCGGGUCGGUUGCAUGCGGAUACUAUGUCAGAGCUUGGUAGACUCUUUCGGCAGUUAAAUGUGGAGCAAGAUUUAUUGGGUAAAAGGUACCCCUCACAAAUCCCCAGUGAAUUUGGAUGCAUUGUUCCUCCUUAUUUUAAUUGGGGCCGUCCUUUGAUUGUGCUGGGCGAUCCCUGUACACGUGCCUGUCGCUUCUGUUCCAUUAAGACGAGCCCGAAUUCCCCGACUCCCGAUUCAGAGGAGCCUAGGCGAGCAGCUGAAAUGAUUGCCUCUUGGAACAUUGGCUACACUGUCCUCACCUCGGGCGACAGAGAUGACCUUCCUGACGGAGGAGCCGGACAUAUUGCAGAGACUGGUGAGAGGGCAUUUGCUAUUCUUCCAAAAGUACAUACAUAG